AUGUCGAUACCACAUCUUGUACUAAGCUGUGGUUUGCAGGUGAUCCAAAAAAGUACAGGGGAGGAAGGAGCCAAACAGUAUUUGGUGAAAAAGGAUCAAGAAUUGGUGCAUUGUUGUAAAGAAUUUGCCCACAUGGAGAACAAUCUCAUGAAUGCAAGAGAUCCCGCUCCAGUGCCUCGUGAAGUAUCAGCUGGAGCAUGGCUAGAUCUACCAGAAAAAUUGAGAGUGUCAUCUGAAUAA